AUGGCUGAACCCCCGCCAGCGAGCUCUUCCACCCCGCCUGACGCGCCGCUUCACGAUCCCACGCGACCUGUAAACGACUCAAUGGAGGAGUCCGGCCCUGAGCGGGUCCAAAAGAGGCCACGCCUGGAUAGUGGCAGUGGUGUGAGUCCCUCGGUCUCCAUUGGGUCACCCAGUGCCAGCGCUUCCGUUACGGCCCCUACCUCGACGCUGCCUGCGCCUGUGCCUGCGCCUGCUGGGAGCGCGUCCUCGUCGGCACUUGCCCUGGAGAUGGACACUAGUCCUGAUCAAACACGCCCCGCGAAAGUGACCAUCAACGUCAAGUCACCCACCUCCGAGACCGACGCAUCAAACCCCAGGCGUGAUCUUCCAUCCGUCCACGACACCACCUCGACACGUCCUGACCUGACCGAGGCCCGCGCCACUCCCUCGGAUAUUAUCUCAAUUUCCUCCUCACCCACCCAGAGUCCAGUGAUUCAAGCUGGAGAGCCUGAAGAUAUGGAUGAGAAUUGGAGGCCACUGGAAGAAGCCAUCCAAGAGGAUGAGGUGGUGCAGCUCCGUGGGCUGGUCCCUUCCCUGGUGGACUCUUUCCCUCGGGUGCGGGAAAAUCUGAGUGCCCAAGACAACUUGCAUAGAAUCGUUGCCAUCAUACAAAAAGGGGAUUCCCGGGAUGUUGAUGCUGCAUCAGCAGUCAAGAUCUGGAUGGAUGACUGUAUCAAGCAUCUGGACCGCUUGACUCUGCAGGAAUUCAGUGAUGCCCAGGAGUUCUGGCAGAUGUUUCCAGAUGUGGCCGAGAGUAUUUUGCGCCGAGGGCGGGAAUUGUUCAUAGACGACGGCUCCGGCAAAAGUCCAUGGCUCUGUCUCGAGGAAUUUUUCCUCGGCUACAUUCGCAUCACUCUGCACAUGAUGCGCCUUGACAUCAAGCUUUUAACUCACUCCGCCAAAGACCCAGAGCUUCCGGCGCAGGUCAGCAUCUGUAAAGAGUACCUCCAAACCCUCACAGCGGUGGUCUCUUUCCUCAAAACUCCAUUUUAUCGCGCACUCAGCCGGAAAUACCCCGAGGACACGCGAGAGAUGCUUCUUCGCGUUCGCGCAAAGGCACUAGAGCCUCCCAUGGAUACGGCCCGUGCCCUGUCGGAAUGGGCAGCUUGCACCCUCGAAUUGACCCCGCGCCACCCUCAUCUGGCUGGCUUGCUCAUCCAAGCCAUAGCUAUCGCCAGCGCUCUCGUUGAUGGCUCCCUGGAGCGCAGCCAAGGCUUGGAUGGGGAUGACACAGACACCUCCUUGCCCAACACCCCUCCAAUGCAAACACUUUACGACUUGGUACGGAUGGUCGAUAUCAAAUACCAAGAGUGGAUCAGUAAAAAGGCGGCGUUUGCCACGAGCGACCUGAGUGAACAAUUGAUGCGCGUCAUCUCCACGCAUUACAAGCACCAAUGCGCACGAAAUACCGAUCUGGUGAACAAGCUCUCCGAAGAUCUGGCCAUCCCCCUCCCUGAAGAUGCUAGCUCGGCCGACAAGUCGUUGAUCAUAUUUUGGACAUGGAAGCUCGCGGUGCUCAAGAAGCAUAUCAUGGACGGGCGAAUGGAGCUUCGCGUUCACGGUGUCGAGGCGAUGCAGUCCGAUUUGGUUCACGUGUGGCGAUCCAGUAUCUCAUCAAACCCCGACGGCGCCCACCUGCCAUUUGUGAAACGGCUGGUUCAUUUCAUCUUGGACCACAAGAUUGUGGAUUAUCUUGUGGGCGUCGACUCCCACCCUCAACUGAUCAGCCGAAGUAGCAAUAUUGUUGGCUUCUUGAUUGUGACAGACACAUACACCGACGCAGUGACGGACAUCAUCUGGCAAACUGUGACCGAAAGCCAGGAUAGCCGGAUUGUGUCAGAAGUCCUGUCCAUGCUGAUUCGAACGUUCAGCAUGCAUGUGACGGCGUCCCCACCUUUGCUCUACAUCUGUCAAAAGCUCCUUCAGCUACCCCUCAGCCGAUUCGAUGCGAACAUGCUCGAAUUUUGCAACCGAUUGCUGGAUCGGAUGUGCGACAGUCCCGCGGAUCGACGCCCAUCGGGCGGCUCGGACUUUGAAUGCGUCGAUACAAUCCCUCUGGAACUCUGUGUCCGCCUGAUUCGCGGCAGCACCGCUUCGCAAGAGGUUCCAGCGGAGCAGAAGAAGGUCCUCCAAAAGUUCGGAUUUCAGAAGCUUGCGGGAUUCAUGGCCGUGGGUAUCAGCGACGCAGACCGAAUGGCCAUUUAUGAACAAUGCAUCCAAGACAUUGCCGACAAGAACGAGUUCACCGCGGGAAGCAUCCAGGUCCUGAAUGCUCUGGUCUCCACUCACGAUGGACAAGAAAUCCUGAAGCUGGCCACCGAGUUCAACUUGACCAGUCUGGUGAUUGAGGACAUGCUGAAUGCCGUCAGGAUCAAUGACGACGGUUUCGCCAGCACCACCUCCCAGCUCGAAUUGCUGUCGCGCCUGAGCAUUCUGUUUCGCCUCAUCAGCGUCGCUCCGGAGACCAUUACGCCUGGGCUUGGAAAGGCCCUUUGGGAUGACGUUCUCUUGUCCGAUAAAUUUGGCCCAGAAAGUCGCAAUGCCGUAUGGAACAUGAUGACCACGGCGCUGAGUCAAUGCACCCAGACGAACCCGUUUCUGGAUAGGUGUCUUCAUGAGUAUCUACCCGACCUGGCUCCUCAAAACAUGACAGUGGAAACGUUGGCAUUUUCCAAGCAGGCUAUCAUCUACGAAGUGCGAUGGAAUCCGCCGGCCCCGGCGGGUGAGAAUGAGAUCGUUACAAUUCCAGGAGUGGAGCGAAUUUGGUCUUUCAUUCUCAAUGCGUUGCCAGGCACGGUUGAAGCCCAGGCCACCGAGUUUGCCGUCCAAAUCUAUCUGGAUCACGGAAUCAUUUCGAACUCACCGAAUUCUGCAGUCGAAGCUACGCAUGUCUCACUCGUUGAGCGAUGCAUCGAUCAGCUCAAGACGGCUGCCUCGAGCUUGAAGGCUGUGGCCGACACUAAUGGGGAUUCAUCAAUGGAAUCAGACACCGAAACGGGAGAGUUGAAUCCCGAUGAGCUGAGAUUUAGACGUUCAUUAUGUUUCCUUCAUCAGCUGCUGUGCGGUCUCCGUGCUCGCCCGCGAUACAGCUCUCCGAAGGGUUCUCCUCCUCCGCUGCCUGAGCAGCCGGUUAGGGGCGAAACGAUGAAUCUUUCCUGGCAGUCGUUUAAUGGGACUAUCAGUUCCAGAGUCCAGCAGCUUGCCAUCGGGGAUCUGUCAACUGGUGCGGAGCUAGCCGAGAGACUGGCACAGCUCACUGGCUUUUCGAAAUUCACAGUGAUUGCAGGAGGUCAGCGACUGGACUUGAUGAAGGAUUCUGAAAGUGCCCUGCGCGACAUCAAGGCUCUACAAGCUGGUCUGCUUUUGGUUAGAAAAGCACCUGAUGCGAAGGAAAUUCCUCGAGCGAGCGCCGGAGGUCUUCCCCUUACGUCGGUCGAUUCAGAGGUCUUGAAGCAUUUUGAUGAGCUUUACGACCUGCUCAAUUUGAAUGAUUAUCUUGCACAAGAGAUUUACGAGUUCCUCGUCACUUUCCCACCGCAGCCGCGAGUGCGAAACCUUGUCAAGUCUGAAAACAGCACCGCCAAAGAGCUGUUCCCCUUUGACAAACCAUUCGUUGCCUUCUACUCUUUCAGCACUCUAUUGGCAUGUCUCAUCGAGGAAGGCAUUGAAGAUAAACCGAACCAAGGUUUCAUUUCGCACAGCAUGAAGCUUCUUGUGUCCUUCCUGAUCGCAGACCAGUUAUCAGAUCCCAUGGCUCUUAACCGGAAUCAGUUCUACCUCGCUUCGGUGGCUGUGGAAUGCCUCCUGGAUUGCAUUGCCAUUUGUGAUGUAGCGACUGGAGAAAUAUCAGUGGCAGAAGACAACGCUGCAUUUGCAAAGAAACUUCAUCAAUUCAUCGAGGCUGGACGCGCGUUGAUCACCACGAAUCAGUCGUACGAUACCGUCAAGGUUCAGAAACUGAUCUGUAACUCAUUCGGUGUUCUCUUGGAAGGGUCAUUCCGGGACCACUUGUUCUGGAAUGCAGUGAAGCAAGAGCUGAACUUUACCACACUUAUUCAAGCAUUGCUUCUCAAAGAAUCGCGGCAGUCAAUCCGUGUUGAUGUCUCAGAGAGAAUUCGCAGGGCAUGUAGCUCGACGAAAGCAGGCAAGGUCUCUCAAAAGGACAGUGACUCGAACGAGCAGACCACCUCAAUCGCCGAAAGCCCCAUCCGCAUCGACAUGCUUGCCACAAUCUGGGAAGCCUUUAUUCAGUCCAUUAGUGUGGCUUCCAAGUACGCCUCGCAAUCUGCCGAGUUCUUCAAGGUAGUGAUCUGGGGAUUCCGAGCGGUUGUAGAUCGAUCUCCUCAGGAUAUUGUCCUCAGCGAAUAUUUGAGGCAGUGGAGUCAAGUGAUGUUGAACCACGAGACAGUGGAGUUUAUCGGCCGCGAGCCAAUUGAUAACCUCGUCUUUGGCAUAGCAAGCCUUUUGGAGCAGUGUCUUGAAUACGCAGACACGGCCAAAGUUGAGCUGCAGACCUUUAAUUUUGCUGAGCGAAUCAUGACCAAAUAUCUUUUCCCUGAGCUUGCCAAUGAUGCCGACGAAAUCAUUAUUCCGCGAACCCCUCUCAUGCACACCGAGACACGCCAGAAACUGUAUCGUGUCAUCGGUCUGCUUUGCAAGCAGGAUGAUGAGAAUGUCGCCAGCAUCAUGCGGCACUUGGAAGGGAUUGUUCCUCGAGAUGAAUCUUACGGUCUGACAUGGAGCCAUGACCGCACCAAGAUGAUCCGAGCCUAUGAAGGAUAUGCAGGUCUCAGAAAUCUCUCGAACACUUGCUACCUCAAUUCACUGAUGACGCAGUUGUUCAUGAACACGGAGUUCCGUAGAUUCAUGUUGGCGCUCAAUGUGGUAGAGCCCAAUGGAUCUCAGAAACUCAUCGAUGAGACACAGAAGCUGUUCGCCUGGAUGCAGGACACCUGGAUGAAGAGCGUCGACCCGGAGGGCUUCGUCGAAAGCAUCCGGACAUAUGACAAUGAAGCCAUCGACGUCACUGUUCAGAUGGAUGUUGACGAAUUCUACAACCUGCUGUUCGAUCGGUGGGAAGCUCAAGUCAUGGGUUCAGAAGACAAAAAACGGUUUCGAUCUUUUUAUGGCGGACACCUUGUGCAGCAGAUCAAGUCCAAGGAGUGUUCUCAUAUUUCUGAGCGUGAGGAGCCUUUCUCUGCAAUUCAAUGCGACAUCAAGGGAAAGGCCAGUCUGGAUGAAAGUUUGCAGGCCUAUGUUGAAGGUGAAAUCAUGCAGGGAGACAACAAAUACUUUUGUUCGAGUUGCGGUCGCCAUGUUGACGCGGUGAAGCGAGCGUGUUUGAAGGAGGUUCCGGACAACCUGAUUUUCCACCUGAAGAGAUUCGACUUUGACAUGGUCACGAUGAUGCGGAGUAAGAUCAACGAUGAGUUCAGAUUUCCAGACACGAUUGACAUGACUCCAUACAAUGUGGAGCAUCUUUCUGACCCGGAAACGCCCAUCGAGCCGGACAUGUUCGAGCUGGUUGGCGUGCUCGUCCAUACUGGAACCGCGGAGUCGGGUCACUAUUAUUCCUACACCCGUGAGAGAUCCUCCAGUUCGGGUGCGCAGCAAUGGGUCGAAUUCAAUGACUCGGACGUUUCCAGAUUUGACCCAGCGACUAUUGCCGACCAUUGUUUCGGCGGAGAUGCCCACGGCACCGGGGGUGUACAAAUGAAUAAGGUCUGGAACGCGUACAUGCUCUUUUACCAACGCGUACAUCCCACGCCGCAAGUGAAAGAGGAAUCGCAAAGCGUGACAUCUAGCUUUCCCCCUCGAGUGCCCUUACCGCUGGCCUUUGCCAACCACCUCGCCAUGGAAAAUGAAAUCUUCAUCCGCACAUACUGUCUGCUGGAACCAAGCUAUUCAAAGAUGGUCCCAGAUCUGCUCUCCCGCGUGCGACAAAUGAGCACUGGUUUUGAGCGGCAGCAUCAGCUACAAAUGAUGGGGAUUGAAAUUGGGUUGGAUACUUUAGAGCAACUUAUGGCUCGGACAAAAGAACCGGUGGGACUUCUACGUCUCCAUGAGGAGCUUGCGGCGCUCAUCUCAAAUCCUGAGGGUGCACUCUGCGCUUUGCAAUGGUUCUCCCGGCGAUCGACGUCAAUGCGGAAUAUGAUUCUUCGAAUCUUCCAGUAUGAUGUUCGACAAAGGGAGGUGUUGAUCAUCCUUGAUGCAAUUCGGUGCCUGAAACUCUCUCUGUCGACCACGGAUCUCAACACAGACAAGUCUCGGGAUUGGCAAAAGGAGCUGGAGGAAGCUGUCGGGAAGAUUGUGUCGCUGCUGGCGGACCUGUGGCCCGCAUUGCAGACCAUCCCCCGUGCCUGGGAUGAAUAUUUUGAUUUCCUGGUCAAGCUGACCGAGGUGAGCGAGGAGGCCACAAACGCCACAUUGGAAAACGGAAUGCUCGUCAAAUGCUUGGAAAUGAUCUGGCUUGACUCUGAGGACCGUAAGAACCUCAGACCCCGGUAUCCCGGCUAUUGCAGGUUGCUUGAAAAAGGGCGACAGUUUUCGUAUCGAAACCUCAUGGCUCUUUGUGCGGUACUUCUUCAACGAGUCGACUUCCGUCUCCCACCCACUGCGCCUAAUACGCCUCGAACAAGCUCCCCUGACGGUCGUGUCUCACUCACCAUGACGGAGAACAGGUUCGUGAAGCCAUUGGAGUUCCAGAAACAGACAGAUAAUAGCGCGGUCCUCUUGUUCUUGAUCAAGCUGCUUCAGCAUGACUACAUCUGCUAUCAAUCAGAAGCUGCCCAAAUGAUUGUCACUUCUCUUCUUGUGUGUGAGCCAGACGCGGGCCUCUUCCCUCACAUUCUAAAGACUUUUGAGGUCGGCUUGCGGUACUCACCCGCCGAGCUUUGUGUCCCGUUCCUCGAUUGUGCGGUCACCUUUUGCAAGUUCGCACCGGACGAAGAGGCCAUCCUCUCAUUGAUCAGUUUUGUGGCCAAGGGUGUGGACUCGCUCAACAACAGUGCAGGCAAUGAGCAUUUGGAGUUCUUUAUCCAUCUGUGCAGCACUUCUAACGAGCGAUUGGGCCUGGACACCGACUGGUUCACUGCGGCCGUUCAAGAUCAGAUUCCCGACUUUGUUCCGCCCUUGCUGACAUACAAUCAUCCCAAUGUCCGACGACGCACGACAGAAGUUCUGCGCAGCUUGCUUUUCAUUGAUUCCAGCGAAGGCAUGCCGAUGGAGAUGCAGGCUCGACUUACUAAACUCGGCCGCGAAUUAACUCAUGCCUGCAUUCAGCGGGUCACCGGCGCAUUUCUCGAUGGCCAGGGCCGAAAUGUUGAAUCGCGUAUUGUGCAGCCUAUUUCGGCGACAAUCACACAUUGCGUGGAUACAUACUUUGAUAAGAAUGACGAAGAGGAUCAGAAAGUCAUUCAAAAUGCGAAUGCGUCUUUGCUUCGCCUCCAGGAAUUGACGAUUGAGGUCCCGGAUGAUCUGGUCUCAGAAUCGGAUUUUGCCUCGCCCGAGGAGUGGGAAGCCACGUCUGCACUGGCUAGUGACUCGGAUGUUGGUCUCGCCGGCACUCCAUGA